UUAAUUCAUCAAACCUUGAAAACAUUGCACUUGAUUGUUAAUUACACAAAGUGCACCAUCCAUGUACGCAAGCGAGACACAAUAAAAGGGUCCCUCUGGUUACAAGGGAGUGGAGUGGAUAAAUCAUUUUAAAUUUUAACUGUUUAAAUCAUUUGUUUGAAGUGGAAACUUCUGCUGUGGGGGGAGAAAAUAUUUAAUUCAUAUUUACACUUAAUUUUCUUUUAUUUAAUGUAAUCUUCGAUUUUAUAGGGUCAAAAUUGUUAUUUUUAAAAUAGAGAUUCUAAAAUUCUUAAUCUCAGUCAUUCUAGGUACUUGAGAAGCACCCCUGACUUUUCAAAAUUACCAAAUCUUGAAAAGCUGAUUAUGAAGGAUUGUUCAAGUUUGUCUGCGGUACACCCGUCCAUUGGAGAUCUCCAGAAUCUUCUUCUGAUAAAUUUGAAGGAUUGUACAAGUCUUAACAAUCUCCCAAAGAAGAUAUAUCAAUUGAAAUCAUUGAAAACUCUCAUCCUUUCUGGUUCUGGUUGUUCAAAGAUUGACAAGUUGGAAGAAGACAUUGUGCAAAUGAAAUCCUUGACAACACUUAUUGCAAAAGAUACAGGUGGCAAUUAUCCUUCUUGGUUAGCCUAUACAGGUGAAGGCUCUUCAGCACGGUUUCAAGUUCCUAAGGAUAUUGAUCGUCGCAUGAAGGGAAUAAUCUUAUGUGCUAUUUAUUCAUUUAACGAUGAAGAUUGGAAGAAUGUAAUAUCACAUCUAAAAACUGGUGAUGAUGUGGAGAUUUUUGUAGCUUUUGGGCAUGGAUUCAUUGUUAAGGAGACAGCUGUUUAUCUAAUUUAUGGCGAGUCAAUUGCUAUGGAAUUUGAGCAAUCCACUAUUAUGGAAGUGGAACCAUCUACUAACAUGGAAAUAGAGCCAUUAGAGGAAGUGAUGGUGCAACUUGGAAAUGUAAUGAUAGGUAAAGAAUAAUAUUAUAGUAUCUUCUGGUGAUUACAAUGUACAUAUAUAUAUAUAUAGCAAAUACUAGCAGAUACAUGAUCCUAUGAUUAAGGCUAGAAUUAAGACGUUACAAGAAAAUAAAGAGACAAAUAAUGCUGACAGUAAUUACAUUAAUUAUAUUAAUUGACAGUGUAAAGGUAAAUUAUUAGAUCCACAUAUUAAGGGAUCUUGUCUCUAAUUGUGCACUCAUCAUCUAUCAUGAAAAUGGAGCCAUCACCUAAGCCCAAUAAAAGUAUCUUUACAAGACUUGCCAAAAGAAUGAGUGCAUGUUUGUGUUCGAACCAGCAUUGAGAUUAAGAUUUUAACAAUUUUUGAUUGGACAUACUUUUGUCAUAAAUGAGA